UAGUCACCAAGGUCGGUAGAAUCUACACGGAAUAUAAGAAAGAAGCGAUACCGGAGGGCUGUGUGGGCAUUGCUACUAACCCUAAGGCAUUCCCUGACUCAAAUCGGCUUUUAGGCCUCCCUUAUCAUGGCUAUGGCCUAAGUAACCGGGUGUGUCGAGGCGCCUUAUCUAGAUUUGGGAUAUGUGUUACCAUUUCAAGACUUUCGUUGUUCACGGCUGUUCAUAAACUCGACUUUAGAUCUCAAUCCGUUGAAGGCGCCAUAAACAAUAUGUUGAUCCUCUUCAGGCUUUCCAAUUCGUGAUCUUUCCUCUGUCUCUUCCAUGGAAGCGAUGUGCAUGUGCCUCUACGCGAGCUUCACCGCGCUUGGCAUGGAGACACUUGGCUCGGAACUCACGCAAGAACAAUCAGAUCUGCACCGCUGGGCGGCUGAAGGACUGACGACUUGGUGCUACCUUGUGUACGCGGAGGCGGAGGGUGGUCUUGUUAGAAUCGCGGCAUGGCAGCCCGACCUCUGAGCACGAUAUCACAGUAUCAUUCGAUAUCGUGCUCUCAGCUCACAUUACGCUUAUAUACAUUCCGAGUGGCUAGGCCGCACUUAGAGCCCAAGCGCAAUGGCGAAAUAUAUUUGCAGACAUGUGGC